AAAGUGCCAAACUCUCGGUGCUGUAUAGGUAUGGGGCAUGCCCCCGCCAAGGCGUAACUUGGCGGGAUGGCAUACCUGCCAUCCCAAUUCAGUAGAAUGUGGCAAUAUGGUCUUGCAAAGUGCACCAGUUAUUCUAACUCAUUGGGCCUUCCAUAAAAAGAACUUACCAAAUAGUACUAAGAAUAAAACUUUAGAUCCAGGUGCUAUUAGUACAGAAAGUGACUAACAGAAAAUGAUUGUAAGGAUGAACUAUUCUGUAAAAUCUUUGUAGGUGCCUGGCAUAUUUGAAUCUCUCUCUCUCUCUCUCUUUCUCUCUCUCUGUCUCACUCUCUCACACGCACUCUCUAAAUUUGUAACAUUUAAUUGUAUAUUUGAACUGUGUGGUCACAGCGUUUUGUGUGUUAUUCACAUUUUGAAACUUUGUUGAAUUUGUAUAUAUUUUACAGAGUGAUUAAAGAUUGUAUUGAUAAUUUGAAAUUUAGAAUUUAGAGUUAGUGUACAGUGACAUUUGAAUUCAUGUACCAUUAGUUCCUGUGCAAUAUUGCUUUAUACUGUGCUCAUUUUUUACUAAACUAUGAGGCUGUCCUUUAAAAAAGAAUACUGCAAAGUAAUUUGUUUUGAUGAAUUCUCCCCCCUUAAGUUUUAAUACAAUACAUCUGAUUAUGAUUAUGAUGAUGCUGAAGAUCAUUAAGAUUAUGAUGAUGAUGAUGAUUAUUAUUAUUAUUAUUAUUAUCAUUAUUAUUAUUAUACAGACAUUCCCAACAGCGACAGGUAUCUAAUUGGCUACACACUCCCUAGCAUUUUCUAACCACUUUUAUUCCCCAAGUCUGCCCUGCAAAAGAAAACAGAGUUUUCAGUCAAUCUGCCUGUUCAAAAAAAAGUGAAAUGAAUGUGCCUCAGCGUUGCUGAGCUUGAGAUGUAGCAGAGGAAGAUGGGGAAGUGAGAGCUUGUGGUGCUGUCACUAGUGCAGGUUUCAAGGAAAGGAAAUUGCAACACUUUUCUGUGUAAUUUCUUCUACACAGUUCUUUGUGUUCUUUUACAUCAGUUGAUUUGUGAGCCCAUCCUUCCAGCCUGCAGGUGGGAUACCAGCAGCAGCAAAGCAAUUCACUGAUCUCAUAGCUAUGUUUUUCAGUCGUCAUAUGGGCUCAUUGAUAGGACGAGCCAUUCAGGUAAUAAAACAUAUGACUAAAGCAUGGUAAUGGUAGAGUGAAAUUUGUUAUAUUUGCUACAUACUGAAGGCAUUUGGAUUUGAGAUCAAAAGAUGAAUAUGAGACAGAAGUACAAUCAACCUUUAUUUCUAGGUAUUUACAUGUGUAUGUUUUACCAUUUUUAACAGAAACAGCUGUUUUAAGUUGAGUCCCCCCAUUUUAUGCAGUGCAAAAUUAAGUGAUGCAGUAAAGUAGUGCAGCAGAUUUUGCUUAGUCCCUGUAACCUUCUCCUUGUGGCUCAAGGAAGGCCAAAAGGAAAAUGUAUCUCAUCUGAAAGGACCCCAAUGACAAAAGGGACCCACUCUAGACCGAAAGGAACCCGCAUGAAUAACAAAAGAACAAACGUCAAAGUCAAAAUUUUUUCAGACUUUCACAGCUUAAAAAUUACCUACCAGCUUUUUAUAUACAGUAUAAUUAAAUAGAGAACAUUUCCUUUGACCUGUAAGAAGACAUGCAUUUCACAUUUCAAAUUUCUGUUAGUGGUAAUUCCUUGAUCUGAAAGUGAGCAAUAUGGAAAACAAAUCAUGAAAAUAAAACGGAGAAACCAGCAAACUCUUGUGUCAUAACAACAAUGAGUUAUGAAUAAUCUUUUGAUGUUUGUCUCAACACUCCUGCAGGGACAGAGACACGUAUGCUCAAAAAUGCUGAUUAUGAUCUUAUGAUUAACAAUGCAGAGGUGAGCAAUUACAGGAAAGCCUUCUUCACACAUUCUCCGUUUCUCUGAAAAAAAUGCGCAGGCACAAUGCUACGGAAAUGUUUAACAAAUGUCAGCAAAAAACAAAGAAAAUUUAAACCACAAACGCACAAAAUCCCAAAGAUUGAAAAGCAUGCAUUGUUGUCGCUUCAUGUUGUGAGAGAAGGAAACUUUUACAGUACUUUGUUUUAAAGCAGAGAAAGCAGGAACAUACAAAGGGAUGAGGUGGCCCACCCCAACAGAAUAAAGUAAGGAACAGCAGAGCACCAAGUUAAUUGGAAAAAUAGCAUAAAUCGACAAGUGAUCAUUUAAAGUUCAGCUUUGGAAUUUGGAAAAUAUGGAGCGGACUCAAAACCACUUGACACAAAAAAGGAGCAUCCCCCAAAAGAGAUACAAAAAAAGCUGAGAAAAUAUCCUUUAAAUUAUUCAGACAAUCAGCACGAUGCUUUUGUUUUUAUUCAUUUUUUAUUAUUCAUUUUAAUGAACCACUUGAAAUGAAAAGACUUGUUUAAUGAUGCAAAAAAGCCAGGACAUCGCAUGUUCAAACACAGUUGGUUUCAGACAUUUUUUGAGUUAUAGAAUUGUAUGAAAUGACAUAUGCACUAGUGUUGAUAUUUUUAAUCAUGUUUUUAGUACUGCCACUGAGAGCGUAGGACAGGGUCUAGAUUGACAGUUUGGGAAUUGUGGAUUGAUGCAAAUGACAGUGGAUGCUGACAAAUUUACCAAACAUCAUUUGUAAGCCGUUCUGUCCCCCUCUCUCCUUCCCACUCCCACUCCUCACUCCCAGAAUGAAUGACACAGAGGAUCCCACCUUGGAUUACUUCUAUAAUUAUGAAUCCAGUCCCUGCAGCACAGAUGCCACCCUAGGCUCGGGAUUCCAAACAGUACUGUUCUUGACCGUAUUUCUCCUCAGUUUCAUCGGUAACAUUGUUGUUUUGUGGGUCCUCGUCCGGGUCAUCAAGCUGAAAAGCCUCACAGAUAUCUGCCUCCUGAACCUGGCCCUCUCCGACCUAUUGGUGGCACUCUCACUGCCGCUGUGGGUGUUCCACGCUGUGAAGCCGAGGCUAGUGGGCGACGACCUUUGUAAAACCACGGCAGGCGUCUACCAGAUAGGCCUCUACAGUGGUCUCCUGUUUGUGUGCCUCAUAAGUGUCGAUCGCUACCUGGCCAUCGUCCACGCUGUGGCUGCAAUGCGUGCCAGAACCCUUCAGUAUGGGAUAGUCGCAAGUGUGGUCAUCUGGAUCACAUCCAUUUGUGGCGCGCUGCCAGGCUUUAUCUUUACUGUGGUUUCUAAAGACGAAGAGGAAGGUGCCGCACGCUGCGAACAGAUCUACAACGUCGAAUCGGCAAAGACUUUUAAACUCCUCCGUAACUUUGGGGAGAAUGCAGUGGUGCUCUUUAUCUUCCUCCCUAUAAUGCUGUUCUGCUACAGCAGAAUCCUGGCUGUGCUACUGAGGACCCGGAACUCCAAUAAGCACCGGGCCAUGAGGCUGAUCUUUGCCAUCGUUGGCCUGUUUCUGGUCUCCUGGGUUCCGUACAAUGUGGUGGUUUUCCUCAUCAAUAUAAAGGAACUGGGCAUUUGGAACACGUGCAAGGUGGACAGAUGGACGGGUAUGGCCCUGACCAUAACUGAGACCAUCACCUUGGCACACUGCUGCGUGAACCCAAUCAUCUAUGGUUUUGUGGGGGAGAAGUUUCGGAUGCACCUGAGGCACGUACUGUCCAGAGUGCCAAUCUGUGCAGCUUGCUGCCAGCCUCCAGCGAUCCACAGCAAGGUGUCUGAAAACGACACGUCCAACAUGACGGUGUGAGGGAAGUCCUCACGGUCCAAGGCUACCCAUUGGUCAAAGUGGGUUUACAGCAGCACAACAUCCCAGAAACAGGAGAGUUCUCGGUUCCUUUAACCAUUUCCUGCCUUCGUGGAAAUGCUAUAUUUGCACUCAUAUCUUAUGAUCUCAGUGCAGCUUUCAUUAGAAUAGGCUUGCAAUUUGCAAGUAAAAAUGGAACUGAAUGAAAUUUUCCAUGUAUAAACGCUUAAUAUCCACUGUAGACAUGCAGUCUUUUGAAAAGUCUUAUAGGUCUCAGAAUAACAGCCAAUUAUUUGGUGAAAUUACAAUGGGACAUGUAUUAGAAAUAGACAUUUGCAUGGUGGUAGGAAUGUUGGGGUUCUCUUUUUUCAGUGCAUAUUGCAUAUUGUCUAUUGUAAUAUAAAUGAAUGGGAUAGCUAUCUUAUCUAGUUCCAAAAGUCUCCAAGUAAGUGAAGCCCCCAAAGAUAUGGCUGGAUUAAAAUCCUAUUCUUCAACAUGGAAGACUGAACAAUAACUGGAAAUAGUCAUCACUACCUCAGUGAAAUACUUUAUUAAAAAUUGCAAAUAGCAUGUUAUAGGCAUUCUUUUACAUGUAAAUUGCCAUGCAAGGGAUUUAGAAAUAAAAGCAUUUAAAUGUG